ACAACAACAACAACAACUAAAACAACACCGCCGCCGCCACCGCUGCCGCCGAGGAGUUCACUGCCAUAUCAAUGGCCACACAAUCGGCAACGGUGGCAUCCGUAUCACUGUUGACCAGAUUUAGUGACCAACUAUUCAGUGUCAACGGCCAGAGCUAUCUAAUACUGUCGAUAAGCGGCCGACCACUGAACGCGACCAACAGUUUUACGCUACAAAAUCUUGUCGUCAAACUUGUGGACAACGAAAGCAAAGCCGACGACAAACCGGACGGAAAACAACUUCUUCUUCGUCUUCUUCAACGCGAAGAACAGUCGUGUCAGACGGAUAUCGUUGCAAACGACCGGAAAAAUGCUAGCAUUCGCUGCAAAGACGUUCAGUUGCAGACCAGCGGCAGACAACUCGCUGAACCAGUCGGUGAUAAUCAGCGAUUAAGAGAACAGUUGCUGAAUCAGUUGAUACAAUCGACAGGUAGUGUCACCGGAUUUGGUCAUCAAUUAAUGGCAAACAAUGGCUGUUCUGCUUCUUCUUCUAACGAAACCCAUGGAAAUAGUUUGGAACCGUUCGGUGUUGUCGUCGUCGUCGACAAACAAGAAGACAAUCACCAGACAGUUGUUGAAACACUUAUCGAUCUGAACGAUAGCCACCCGACUGAUGGUCUGUCCACUUCACGACAGCAAUCGACGCCGCCAUCAUCGCAGUCAACAUUGACGGUCAGCCAUACAAAUGUCAUACAAACUAUCAGUAGUAGUGGUGGACAAACAUUAGUGACCAUCGAUGACGAUUACGACGGCGACAUUGACAAUAUCGUCACGUUAUGAGGAUGUCGUACAAUGUUUCAGAAAUUACAACAACAAUAGUAUCGGUAGUAGUGGUGGUAGUAGUG